UUGUCUACUUUUUUUGGUCUAGAAUGAUCUGUAAAUAACAUAACUUUAUAUAUAGUAAUAUAUGAAUAAAUAUAUGCGAGAAUGUGUAUAUAACACACAAAACAAGGCCAACCAGAGAAAGCCACAUAGAGGUUGAAAGAAGCAGCUUCUUCUGUUAGUCUUUCAGUUGCUUUGUCUCUCUCUGCCUUCAAUGGCUUCUGCUUGGGCAGUGAAGAAGCUCUUUUUUUCCUGCUUGGUUCUGUGGGUUUUCACUCUCUCCUCUUCUGAAGGUUAUAAGCAUACUUCAUAUCCAUCUGAUUACCCGUUUAUAAAGAAGGCAAGCACAUUCUCAUCAUCAUCAUCAUUUUCAUCAAGUGGAAGUAGAGAAAAUGGGUAUGAUUAUAUAGUAGUUGGUGGAGGAACAGCUGGGUGUCCUUUAGCUGCAACACUGUCGCAAAAUUUCAGUGUGUUAUUGCUUGAAAGAGGAGGUGUACCUUUCACAAAUCCAAAUGUCUCCUUCUUAAGCAACUUUCAUAUAACUCUGGCAGAUAUUUCUCCAACUUCUGCUUCUCAGUACUUCAUUUCUACUGAUGGAGUCCUCAAUGCUAGAGGUAGGGUUUUGGGUGGUGGUACUAGCAUCAAUGCUGGCUUCUACACCAGAGCUAGCACAAGGUUUAUAAAGAAAGUAGGAUGGGAUGAAAAUUUGGUAAAUAAGUCAUACCCAUGGGUAGAGAGCCAAAUUGUUCAUAAGCCUAAGGUUGCCCCUUGGCAGGUUGCUCUAAGAGAUAGUCUAUUGGAUGUUGGGGUAUCACCUUUUAAUGGCUUCACUUAUGAUCAUAUUUAUGGAACUAAGUUUGGUGGCACAAUCUUUGACCAGUUCGGCCGCCGGCACACCGCCGCCGAACUUCUUGCCUCCAGCAACCCUCAGAUGCUUACUGUUUUAGUACAUGCCACUGUCCAAAAAGUCCUAUUUGAUACAUCAGGGAAGCAUCCAAAGGCAGUAGGAGUGAUAUUCAAAGAUGAAAAUGGAAACCAACACCAAGCAUUUCUUUCAAAUAAUCCAAGAAGUGAAAUAAUAUUGUCAAGUGGAGCGAUUGGAACACCACAAAUGUUGCUGCUGAGUGGUAUUGGUCCAAAAGCUGAACUUGAAAGAAUGAAAAUUCCAGUGGUACUUGACAAUGAAUUUGUAGGGAAAGGAAUGGCUGAUAAUCCCAUGAACACUAUUUUUGUUCCAUCCAAAGUGCCGGUACAGCAAUCCCUAAUACAAGCUGUUGGAAUCACUAAAUUGGGUGUUUAUAUUGAAGGUAGCAGCGGAUUUGGGCAGUCCAAAGAUAGCAUUCAUUGCAACCAUGGAAUCAUGUCUGCAGAGAUAGGGCAGCUAUCUACAAUUCCUCCGAAGCAAAGAACACUAGAAGCAAUUCAAGCCUACAUUAAGAGAAAGAAGGAGUUACCCCAUGAAGCAUUCAAAGGAGGAUUCAUUCUUGAAAAGCUUGCAAGCCCCAUUUCGACAGGAGAGUUAAGGUUGAUAAACACAAAUGUUGAUGAUAACCCUUCAAUCACUUUCAACUACUUCAAACAUCCAAAAGAUCUAAAACGCUGUGUUAAUGGUAUAAGAAUGGCCACAAAGAUUGUGCAAUCAGAAUACUUUACAAACUUCACAAAAUGCGAUAAACAGACUGUGGAAAAGAUUCUAAACAAGAGUGUUAUUGCUAAUGUCAAUCUUAUACCUAGGCAUCCUAAUGACACUAAAUCCUUAGAACAGUUCUGUAAAGAUACUGUCAUCACAAUUUGGCAUUAUCAUGGUGGAUGUCAUGUUGGCAAGGUAGUGAGCCCUGUAGAUUAUAAGGUUCUUGGUGUUCAAAGACUUCGGAUCGUCGAUGGCUCAACAUUUGAUGAAUCUCCUGGCACUAAUCCUCAAGCAACUGUCUUGAUGAUGGGCAGGUACAUGGGACUGAAGAUUUUGAGAGAGAGACUAGGAGAGGCAGCUGGUGUUUAAGGAACAAUCAAUUAUCAAGAAGAAAUGCAUGAAAGGGGAAUUGAAGGAGUAGUUUUAGUUUAAGCAGUGGAAAUUGAUGUUGAAAUAUUGUAAUAUAUGUUCUGAGAAAGCAUUCUUAAUUUGUUGUGUGUGGAAAAUGACUUGCCUUUGGAAAUCAAAUUCCCAUUUUAUUAUUUUUGCA